AAAAAGGUGACUCACUUGAUUUAUAAAACAGCACAACACGUAUUUUCUAAUACAGUCAAACAACAAACUCUCAUAUAUUCUAUUACAUUUACACUAGAACACAUAUUGGUGUCAGAAAAUGAAUACCAAGUAUCUCAUUUUUUCAGAUGUGUUAAUAACUAUGCUGUUUUUAUCCCUAGCAAUAUCAUCAUCAUCAACAAACUCAUCUCACCAAAAACAUUUUCCAGCUAUGUAUGUUUUUGGUGAUUCCCUUGUUGACAGUGGUAACAACAAUUAUCUUCCAAUACAAUCAAAUGCUAAAUUUCCACCUUAUGGCAUAGACUUUGGUGGAAAACCCACCGGUCGAUACACUAAUGGAAAAACUGUCGUCGAUUACUUAGCUAUACAUCUAGGACUACCCUUAGUCCCACCCUAUUUGGGACUUUCAAACACUCAAAGAAACAAAAUUACCACAGGCAUAAAUUUUGCAUCCGCUGGAUCUGGCAUUCUUCCACAAACCAGCAAUGGUACUUUGUCUCUAGACAAACAGAUAAAACUAUUCAGAAGUGUUAUUAAGAAUAAUUUGCCAAAUACUUUUGAUGAAAAAGAAAAACUAGAAAAGCAUCUAUCUGAAUCCUUGUUUGUUGUCUCUGAUGGUGUGAAUGAUCACUUCCGUAAUGGAACCUUUGUUGGCUCUACCAUAUUUGCUUCCUAUCUUAUAAAACAAUUAUCCAUACGCUUGAAGAAAAUUUACAGUCUAGGAGCUAGAAGAUUCUUUAUGUAUAAUAUUGCUCCAGCAGGGUGUUUUCCAUCAACAGCUGCAAGAUCAAAACCAAGAGGAAAAUGUAAUGAGAAAAUGAACAAGGCAAUUUCAUCUUAUAACAAGCUUUUGCCUACUGUACUUGAAAAACUACAGGCUCAACUUCCUGGUUUUACCUUUAUGCAUUCAGAUCUCUAUGAGUCCCUCAUCUAUCUUAGGAAAAAUGGACACAAAUAUGGGAUAUUAGAAACAUGGAAACCUUGCUGCCCAAAUAGAAUUCAUGGAAAUCUCAAAUGUCAUCCUUAUAAUGCUACCUGUCCGGACAGAAACACUCAUCUAUUCUUUGAUAUUCAUCCGUCUCAAAUUGCGAAUCAAAUAUAUGCAACACGUUGCUUCAAUGAGAAGACAAUAUGCAAAUCAUCUCUCUCUAAUUUUUUAUCUCCUAAAAUUCAUAAGCAUUCCAAAAAUAAAUAAAAUGAUGAUAAAGGAGAUUGUAUUUGUAUUUGAUUUUGACGUUAAAAAUAAUUUCUCAAUGUACGUGUCUUUAGUUUUGAAUCUA